AGGAGCGAAGGGGGAGGGAAUCUCUCUCCAUCGCAGUGCCUCCGCCUCUUCUCUCUCCGGCUGGCGGCGACUCGGGUUCUCCUUCCACACCCUCUCCCAGUUCCUCGCCCCCUUCUCCGCCCACCCUCUCUCCUGAGCGUGCAGAAAGGGAGCCGCAGCCCGAGCGCGGCCGAGGGCGCCGGGGAGGCGGCGGCGGUGGGUGUGUGCGUGUGUGUGAAGGACGCCACCUCUCGCUCCUGCGCUCACAGGCGACGGCGGGCGGCGGGGCUUCUCGCUCCGGCAGCGGCGGCGACAGCGGCGGCGGCUUCCGGAGUCCCGCCGCGAAGAUGCUCAAAGUCACGGUGCCCUCGUGCUCCGCCUCGUCCUGCUCUUCGGUCACCGCCAGCGUGGCCCCGGCUACCGGGAGCCUCGUCCCGGAUUAUUGGAUCGACGGCUCCAACAGGGAUGCUUUGAACGAUUUCUUCGAGGUGGAGUCGGAGCUUGGACGGGGUGCUACAUCCAUUGUGUACAGAUGCAAACAGAAGGGGACCCAGAAGCCUUAUGCUCUCAAAGUGUUAAAGAAAACAGUGGACAAAAAAAUCGUAAGAACUGAGAUAGGAGUUCUUCUUCGCCUCUCACAUCCAAACAUUAUAAAACUUAAAGAGAUAUUUGAAACUCCUACAGAAAUCAGUCUGGUCCUAGAACUCGUCACAGGAGGAGAGCUGUUCGACAGGAUUGUGGAAAAAGGAUAUUAUAGUGAACGAGAUGCUGCAGAUGCUGUUAAACAAAUCCUGGAGGCAGUCGCUUACUUACAUGAAAAUGGGAUUGUCCAUCGUGAUCUCAAACCAGAGAAUCUUCUCUAUGCAACUCCAGCCCCAGAUGCACCACUCAAAAUCGCUGAUUUUGGACUUUCUAAAAUUGUGGAACAUCAAGUGCUCAUGAAGACAGUAUGUGGAACCCCAGGGUACUGCGCUCCUGAGAUUCUUCGAGGCUGUGCCUAUGGGCCUGAGGUGGACAUGUGGUCUGUAGGAAUAAUCACCUAUAUCCUACUUUGUGGAUUUGAACCAUUCUAUGAUGAAAGAGGCGAUCAAUUCAUGUUCAGGAGAAUUCUGAAUUGUGAAUAUUACUUUAUCUCCCCCUGGUGGGAUGAAGUAUCUCUAAAUGCCAAGGACUUGGUCAGAAAAUUAAUUAUUUUGGAUCCUAAGAAACGGCUGACUACCUUCCAAGCUCUCCAGCACCCAUGGGUCACAGGUAAAGCAGCCAAUUUUGUACACAUGGAUACUGCUCAAAAGAAGCUCCAAGAAUUCAAUGCCCGGCGCAAGCUUAAGGCAGCAGUGAAGGCCGUGGUGGCCUCUUCCCGCUUGGGAAGCGCCAGCAGCAGCCAUGGCAGCGUCCAGGAGAGCCAGAAGUCCAGCCGAGAGCCAUCUCCAAUCCAGGACAGCAAUGAAGAUGUUAAAGCUAUUCCAGAAGGAGUGAAAGUUCAAGGAGAUGGGGCCCAAAUGGCAGUUGAGGGGGCAGAGGCUGAGCUGAUGAAGGCACAGGCUGUAGAGAAGGUUAAAGAUGCUGAUAUAAAUGCUGCCCAGGCCGCCAAAAUGGUGUCCAAGGCACUAGAGCAUGGGAUAAGGGUGGCUGACCCAGAAAUAGAGGAGGGCUUAGUGAGGGAGAAGCUGAAGACUGUGGAGGAAGCAGCAGCCCCCAGAGAAGGGCAAGAAAACCCUGCUCUGGGAUUUGGAGCUCAGCAGAAUGAUGUGAUCCUGCCAGAGUACUAAAUUGGCUUCCUUCCAAUCUGGAAGCCAAAUCCUGGCAUUUUAUGCAUUUUGUCCUUCAGCAAGGAAGGUAUGGAAGCAUGAUAUGCGCUAUAGUGAUUCUGUUUUUGAGGUGCAAAAAAAAAAUACAUAUGUAUCAGUUGGUAAUCCUAACUUCAAUGCAUGUGACUGCUUUAUGAAAAAAUAGUGUCUUUUAUGGUAUGUAAUGGAUACCUAAUACCGAUGAGUUAAAUUUGAAAUUGCAAGUAAACACGACAUAACAUUUAAAAACAUACAUCUUCAGGGACCAGUAGCACAUAUUUGAAGUAAAGAGUAACAAAUUGUUUUUGCUUUGAAAACCUAGUCACCCUCCAUCCUUCGGAUUUCUUCACAAGGCAGUAAUUCCUUCACAAGGCACUUUAAAAUAUUGCUCAGCUAAUACUAGGUAGUGGUACAAGACAUGUUCCCAUGACAUUCACAACAUUUUCCUUUCCAUUCAUGCAUUCAAACAGUUUACAAGGAGAUGGUUAUAGGUUACAGUUGUAUGGUAUGUGCAAAAAAAUUCCACUUAUAAUGGUAAGAAAUUGAAGCACACAUUUAAGGACCAUGAAACCAUAUGCCCCUAAAGGUUGUGUGGAAAAUGCUGUUUUACUUUGUCCUUAUUUAUAUGCAUUAUAUUACUAAUAACAAAAAAUAUUCUAUCACAAAAUUCUGCCAUUUUGCAAUCCUGGAGAAAGUAUUUUACAAACUCACACUGAGACAUUUAUUCUUUCCUUCACCUGCUCUCUAAUAAGAUAUCCUUCUGAUGGCCAACACUUAGGGGGUAAUGAAGAAAUUUAGGGAAGGAAACGAGAUAAGUCUGGGACUUAGACUAAAAAAGAUUGACUCCUUGUCAUUUUUCAGAUAAAAUUAGAUUUUUUCAUGAGUUUGUACAACUUUAAUAAUAGGAAUAUUUUUAUGGAUAAACUCUAUAAUUACCAAGUUUCAAAUAUUUAGAAAAAUCUACCCCACAGGCAGAUGCCAAAAUGUCUGAAUAGAGUGGGAAAAAUAUUCUGUUAUAAAAUCAUUCAUUAUUGAUUUUACCAGAGUUAGGAAACCUUUUGGUUUAUAAAAGUCCUUUUUUCCUUCAAUUGAUUGUUAUCUAGAUACACUGCUUAUGAACUGAAGAUAUUUCUGAACAGCUAGUAUAUUUUUCUCUCAUACUUGGAAUGGAAGUGCUCACAUUUUACAAUGUAGUUUUGAAAACUUCCUUUCAAGAAAUUUAAGACAAUGUAACUAUUUACUUUAAAAAACAAAAACAAAAAGGAAGAGAAAACCACUGAUUGCAAAUCAGACUCUUGAGACAAAUGAGACUCUUGUAAUGUUAGACCUAAUACUUUACUAUGAUUUUUUUCAGAAUAUUUUCUUGGAUUUUCAUAUGAACACUUUUCCCUUGCAGAACUCACACUAAUUCCAGGUAUCUGAGAUUUAUUUCUAGUUGAGUUGAAAUGAACAUUUUCAUCAAAUCAAUUAUGUGUCAAAAUUUUAGUACGUUUCCUUAAUUUUAAAAAAUUAUUACUUUCAAAGACCAAAAUGAUAGACAAUAAAAAUGAGUAUCACCUAAAGAAUCCUCAUCGAAAAAAGAGAUCUUAAAUUGUUUUGGCUCUUCCUGAAAACUAUUACAUUGGAAAAUGAAAUUAAACCUCUGGUUUCUGGGGGCUAUUGGACCUCAGUAGACAUUCUGCUUUCCAAGCACAAAUCUUUCUUUACUACUAUUCUCAUGAGAAGAAAACGAGGUAGGACUUCUUAUCUUCCAUAGUUGGGGCCUGACAGGUGACUGACAUGGAGGAAAAGGCCCUUAAAUGUACAACAUCUGGGCUCAGAGUAAGAUUAUUUUUUGCUUUAUUUUAUUUUUAUUAACCACUAGAGAGUAUUUACUCUCUUCUUCCCUGUUUCCUCCUUCCUCCAUUAUUCUCCCUCAGAAUUCCCAUUUUAGCUAUUAUAAAGGGUUGACUGUUUUUAACCUUUAAGAAUCCCUUCUUCACUAAGCAUUAAGAUUUCCAUUUAAAAAGAUCAACUGCCUAGUGUACUUUUCCCAAUGAGACACUACAGGUAUACACAAUGUGUCCCAUAUAUUGUUGGAAAAGUGUCCCAUAUGUUGUCCCAUAUAUAAAGGGAAAAGGGAAGAAGAGAGGUAAAGGAGUCUUAUUAGAAAGUAGCAAUUGGUUGGAAGAUCAGAACAUAUCAUCCCUCCCAGCCCCGCCGCCUAUUGAUCCAAGGGCAGUUGUUCCAUCUUUGCAACACUCAGGGCUGACUGCAUUGGUUGGCCGUGUGGACCAUAGGAACAGCACUGCAAAACCCCAGGGCCAAUGUGUGCUUUAGAACGUCCCCGUUUACAUGAGUACACAUUCUAUUCCUCAGUGAGGACUCAGGGGUGUGAGGGAAUUCUAUUUUUUUAACUUGUAAAUUGCACCCUCUAAAAAUCAAUGGGAGUUUUAAAUUUUGACUUGUAUGUUAAAGAUUAAGUCCUGACAAUGCCUAAAAUAGUGACUAAGUUAGUCAUUUCAGUGGAAAACAAGUCGAACUUUCACAAAAAUUGAUCUUUUCGGUCAAAUGAUUCAAUCUUUGAUUUCAUAGAAAGACAACCUAAGUUAGGACAAUUAGGUUAACAUUUUGGAAAAGACAGGAAACAUUUAUAUUGUUUGUCAAAAUUGGAUAUAUUAUCUAUCUCAAAGACUACUUAGCUAAAUAACAGUAGACUAUUGCAGAUAGAGCCUUAAUUUGACAAACUACUUCAUAAUGUUACCCCUAAUUGACAAUAUAGUCACAAAGCAAAAGAAUUAAGGGAAUUUCAGCAGAGAACAAUAAGUUAUGUCUUGCAUUUUAGAGCUGACAAUUAUUAUAUUACAUUGUUGAUUUUUGUUUUCAGAUAAGUUCAGAUCUAUAGGGUAAACUAGACUUUUACCACAAAUAAGGACAAUCUUGAAUUAUUUCCUUCAUUUACAAAGCCUAAUUGGAAUCUCAGUGAUUUUUCUCAAACUGUAAGAGCUCAUUUGUCCCACAGAUACAUAAUUAAGGUAGAAAUUAGAACAAUAUGGCUCUAGAAAUUGUCUAGAACAAGUGCUGUCUAAUGUAAAUAUGAUGCAAUUCACAUACAUAAUUUUAAAUUUUCUCUUAGCUACAUAUUAAAAAGUCCAAAAACCCACAAAACAGGUGAAAUAAACUUUAUUUUAAUCGAAUAUAUCCAAGCUAGUAUUCCAAUAUAUAGUCAUAUGAAAAAUUAAUGAGAUACUUUGAAUUAAUUUUUAUACUAAGUUUUCAAAAUCAGGAGUGUAUGUUCCACCUUUACUACAUCAAGUGCUCAGGAGCCACAUGUGACUAUCAUAUUGCAGCAGAACUGGUCUAGAGUACUUUUUAGCAAAAUGACACAUGAAUUUCUAUGCUUAGAUUUCAGCUGCCUCAGUUUUCCACACUGAUGAGUAGGAAGCCAAAAAGAAAAUGCUUCAGAAAUGUCAUAGACUGAAAUAAGUAAAAACUCCAUUGGCCCCUUGUACUUAUUCAUGUGCUUCAGAGGAGGAGUGCUCCCAACUUGACUUUUAGAGAACAAUACUUUCCUGGGCGCUGCUAAAUUGUUUGUUGGGCACAUUCCUUCUCAUCCCUCUUUGGGCCCUGGAAUCUUGACUUCAGGUUAGAGUGUCUGAGUACUGCCAUGAAGCUAAUAAUGUUCUUGCAUACCAAUAUCUACUGUGGGCGAAGCGCGUGUCCCCAUUCAAGAAGGACUGUACACAGAAUCUUAAUAGGAUUUUGUAGGCUUGGACUAAGCUGGACACCAUCUUUGUGUUGCAGGCAAUAUUUCUUUCUAGAAAUCUACUGAAACAUACCAAAUUUGCCUGUUGAAGACUGUAUGAUGAGGAUGAUGAUAUUAUCCCAGUUAUCCCAAAAUGGGAAUAAGACCAUUGGCUGGCUUUUUUUAGAUCUCCUUAGAAUAGUUUAAUCAACACUGCCAUUACACAUGGAUUCAAAAGACUUUUGGAAUUUUCUUACAUAUUGCUAUUUUAGAAUAUCCUCGAGGUUCUAUAGCCAUUUUUAGUGGCAGACUUAAAAAGAAAGGAACAGUUUGCCUUUUACUGUGACCUCAAUUACAUAGUAUUUUAAACAUAUUUUGUAAUUUAGAAUGUUUAGCAAUUCCUGUUUCCAGUUUCACAUACAAAGUAACUGCUGGUGGGUUGUCUACAGACUGAGGAUUUAGAGAGAGCCAUUUUGUUUCAUAUUUCAGUUCUUAUUUCACAGAAGCAUCUGGUUGCAUUUCUAAUUGGAAAAAAAAAAGUAAAUGCCAGAAAAGGCAAAGGAUAAAAUUAGUAAACCGUUUAUUCUGCUUUAGGAUUGUACUUGCAAAGCAAAUGAAAAAAAAAAGUUAACAAAGUGAAUCAGCACUGGGUUUUUCUUGAUGAAGGUUGACUGCACAUAUAAUUGACAUAAAUAUACUGAACAGAGUCAAUUACAUAAUUACAAUGCCAUUAUGUAAUUUACUUGUCAUUGCAGAGUAUUCAGUCUGGUUAUCUAGGUCUACUUUAGAUGUGAAAAGUUUCCAGACAUUUACCUACAUAAUAGGAUUUGUAAUAUCCCUGUAAUUACUGCCUAUUAGGUCAUAUUCCAAUUUCCUUAAUGUUCAUCACUGAUAUGUUCCUGAGCAGGGUCGUUGAUAGCAUUUGAGCAUUUACUGGUUAAAUACUGCUUAAUGGUUAAACUUUAUGUGUGUCUUCAGUGCUUUUUUUAAACAUUUAUGCACAUGUAAUCUCAAUAUUGGUAUUAUAAUAUUCAUAAUCACAUGAUAAGCAAAAAUGUAUUCAAUAAUUUUCUAUAAUUUUUUUUCAAAGUCCUUUUCUUCCCCUGGCACAACUCAGGGUGACUUUCUAGCUCCUUAACAAAUAGGAAAUAAAAACCCCAGAAGACCACUGGAGAGAUAUCAGCUACCCACCUAUGGUAACCAAGUUCAGCAUCACCUGAGUAUCACCUGAGAUCACAUAAUAUAAUCUCAGCUCACAAAGUCCAAGCAUUUAUAUACUUAUCCUGGAGAGCAAUAACCAACUUGACUAAUCUAUGUUUGCUUGUUUAAAAUUCCAAUUAUCAUAAACUCUCUGUGAUGUACUCUAGAGGGCUUGACUGCAUGAUUUUAACUUCCUUCAAGACUCAGCCUUGUCCCUGUCACCUGGCCCAGAGGGCCACCCAGGGCAAGAUGGAAGCAUUGCGAUGUGAGCAAACAGACUCCUUCGCAGGAAUCAGACAUUGCUCUAGGGCAGACUCCAGGCAUCUGACUUGGUUGAGGUCAAAUGAGCCAAAUGGGAGAAAACCUCUUCCCAUGCUCUGAUUGAAAGUGAUACUGUUUGAAUAUUGGUAUAUUGCUGUUAGUCAGUAAUGGAAAAAUAGGAUUCCACCAACCAUUUGCUCUUCCCAAUGUCUUGGUUUACUACCACUCGUCCCAGAUCAAUGUUUUGUUCCAUGCCUCUGGCCAUCAGGCCACCCUCUAGGACUGUGAGAUCUUCUAAAACCCUGGAAGGAGCAUCGCAGACUGGUUGGAGAAACGUGGGCCCCUUGGUGGACCAGAAUUUAGUUUGAAACUAAACAGCAAUGCUAAAACUGCAAAAUCACACUGUUCUUAAUAGUUGUUUUCAGCACAUUUUGAAGAUUGACCUGGAAAACCCAUGGCUAUGAGAUAUUUAUAUCCAUGUAAUCUUUGCUAAGAUUCAUUGUGUUAAAAAUGACAGAUAUUUAAUCUUCAGUCAGCUUAAAUAAUAAUCUUUAUUUUCCAUUUAAAAGAUGAUUUCAGUCAACUCGAACACAAUAGGGUUCACAUUAGAGGUUUGAAAGCUGUUGUCUUCCCUGAGCCCUCUCAUUCUGACUCUCAGUUGUGGAUGAUAAAAAUUUACUAGGUUUGUCCUUUCUCUGUUUUUUCUUGAUACAUGUAAAGUAGUUAAUCUGGUUUGUAAAGCAUAUGAGUAAGCAUGACUAUAAAUUGAAAACUGUCAUCUCAUAACUGCCUUUUAACUUGACCUAUUUUUAGCCUAUCAUGCAGGUAACAUAUAGUAGCAUAGACUACAAACAGCAUAUUCAAGAAUUAUUUUGUCUACAUUUUUAUUGUCAAGGUUAUUACUUAUCUCAGAAGUUCCCAAGAUGUUUCUAUUCGUGCACGCUUAGUAAUAUUUUCAUGGUCCCCACCCCCCGCCCCCCACCCCUGCUGCCCGAAGCCAAAAGAAUGAUUUAACAUGUCCAUUUAUUAAGUAGUUAGGUCCAAACAGCAUAAUAGUAAUGCUGCAUUGCACAUCCAACAGAUGUUGCUAUGUUUCCCUUGAAAUUUUAACAUUGCCUGUGAGGUCACUGAGUGGGAACAGCAGACAGGAGUUUAAGUAAUUCCUUAUGCCCAAUGAACUAAGGGUAUCAGGCAAAAGAGACUAUUAGUAAACAAGUUAGGGACUAAUGUUUAUACUCUUUCUUAUUUGAAUGCCAAUCAUUCUUUUACUUAUGGUUUUUGUGGUAUACAUAUAAAAUUUCAAUGUGCAUUUUUUUAAAAAGUAAUUUCCACAUAAUUACCCAAGGAAAUAAACUUAAAACUCCAAAGAAGAGUUUUCAGAAGUCAGGCAAACUGUGGUUUACAUACCAAAUCUACCAGAAGCCUGUUUUUAUAAAUAAAGUUUUAUAAAUAAAGUUUUAUUUCUAUAUUGUCUGUGAUUGCUUUUAGGGCAGAGUUGAGUAGUUUCAACAGAGACCAUAUGGCCCAGCAAAGCCUAAAAUGUUUAUCUGGCCCUUUACAGAACAAAAUUGUUGACCCUGGUUUUUCAUGGCACCCCAUGCCUUUUGGUGACAUCUAGGAAUACAGAUUCAUCUACUGCAGAUUUCUUCUCCUUAGGUUAAAGUUCUUAUUCCCAUUUGCUUCUUAGGAAGUUAUGAGAGUGUUGUUUCUGUUGCUGAUGGUCUCACAGCAAUAUCGUGCUGGAAGUACAACCUAACAGUAAAAUUUCACUACAGAACUAAAAAUUCAAAAUUGCAUCAUUCCUGAAAAAAGAAAUUUAGAGUAUGAAUUGACUUGGUUAAGAGAGAAUUAAAAAGAUUUCUAGCACGUUGAGCAUGUUUUAGAAAUUUGAUUCUUAUAUUUAAAAUCACAUAAAUGAUAUCUUACAUUGGGUUUGCUCACAUUUAAGUUAACCUGCAGCUGUUACUUAGUAAGCUAAGAAAAUAGAGAGCCCUUUGGUUCUGAAUCCUUCAGAAUAUUCUCAAGUAAUUUAUAUCAAUUGGAUUUUCACUUAAUCAUUUUUAGGAAAUAAUGUGCUUCAUUAUGUGGCAUUCUAUGACAAUGACUUGCUCAUCAACAGCUCAGGAAACAGGCAAACAGCCAAUUCUUUUAUGUAAGAAAGCUACUUUCCAAACCACAUGUUUGUCUGAGUAUUAUGUAUUUCAUUUCUUUGAAAAGAGAAGGCCAUGAGUAAAUUCUUUCCUUUACUUUUUUUAUAUAUCUAGAAAUCCAAGAAGGCCCCUUCUAGUCUAUUUCUAUCACAAGGAAAUUAUUCAUUCCGCACUAUCUGCCUUAAGGGAAGCAGGUGACCCAGAUAUUGAGAAAUGUAGGCAUGCAUGACCUUUGUAUUUGACUUUGAACAUCUGUAGCCAAAAGGUUACAAAUGAGAUAUUCAGUAGAAAACCUAUUAUCAGCUUAUUAAGAAUACCUAAAAUUAUAUCAUGAUUCUAAUUCAAUGACAUACUGUUUUCUUUAAACUGUUGCAGCAAUUAAUACAUAGCCACUGGGUUAUAGUUUUACAGAACUGUAGAACUCAGGAAAAAAGAUGAAUCGUAUGCUAGCUCCUCAUGGUUGAUGUGUGUAGGAGACAGACUUUACUGGAAUUGGAGAAGGAAAAGAAAAAAUGUAAAUUGGGAUCCCCCACCUGCCCAUUUUUCUUGAUUGCUCAGUUUGAAGGCAGUUGUUAAUGGCCUUUAACAUUUCUAUGUCUGUCUCAAUAUCUGGGUUACCUGAUUCCCUUAGAAAUGAAUAGACCAAAGUCAACAGCUAAUUUUACUCUUAGCACCAUAAAUUAAACAGUGUAGUUUAGGGAAAAUUAGGCCUACAUUGCAAGCACACUUUAAGGAAAUGAUUUGCUAAUUUUGAAGCUUCCCAGGAGUAGCCCAUCCUAGGAACCCAUUUUCUCAGUAAACUUUCACUGAGAAACAAUUAGGUACAAUGAGGGAGCCAGAGACGAAUUAAACUCCUCUAGGAGUCAGCUUUGUAGUUGGAGAGAAAAAAAACAAGUAUACAUAUAUAGACUGUGCUAAAUCCGGGCCAGCAGUAAGCCCUCGAAGGAUAGAAAGAAGGAAAAGCUCCUUUCUGCCUGGAAUGAUCAAGGGAAGCUUCAGGGGAACACAGGCUGGAUUUGAAGGAUGGGGAGAAUCUUUGUAGAUAGGGAGGAGGAAGGGGUCACACCAGGUUGAGAAAUCUACAGAGUGGAGAAACGCAAGGCAAAGUGGUGAAGGAACAAUAUUGGGUAUGAAAGGCUGAAAUACACAGGAAAGUGUUGCUAAGUCUGCAGAAGAAUCUCAGAUCUUGUGCAAAGUUGUAUUAGACCUCUUCAGUCCUUUCUCAUUCUGGGUAGAUAAUGUGUGCAGCAUUUCCUCAGAGCAUCUAGCCCUCUGUGAUCUCCUAUAUACUUAGAUAAUUUGGUGCAUCUCUAAGCAGAAUAAAAAUCACUCAACAUAUCAAAGACAUUUUUGCAAGUCACCUGUUGAAGCAAAGCCUGUCACUAAAAGCGAAAACUGCAUUGGCUAGGUCUCCACUGACAUAGCAGAGUAAACAAUGAUAGUGAUUAUCUGAGUAAAUUUUGCAAAACUCCAAUAUCUCAAUAUCUGCCUGUGACUCUAGAAAAUCACCCAACUACUUAUGAAAGUUUUGCCAGCGAAGGCCCAUGUCAAGGUCACUUCUGUCAUAGUUAUUUUAACCCUUUAUAUGAUCUGACGUGAAAGGGCAAUCCCCACAGCCUUUGAGAUAGAAUUAUACCUGAAAAUUCAGACUUCAAAAGAUAACCUGUACAAAAAAGCUCUCAGACAACAAGAUUUAAAAUUUUCAGAUCAGAACUGCUUUCCCCAAACAUCAAGCUGGUCCUGUCAAGUCCUUUAUUUUUCAUCUUGACUUUUUGCUCCUUUGUACACCCUUCCGUAAAUUCCUUCUUAUAUCACUCAUUGAUGGCAGUAUUUUAUAUCCAUCUUCAAGAAACUUAUUUUUAAAAAAUACCAAUUAGAAUCACAUUACAGGAAAUAUACUUUUAGUUGUCUUGCUACUUUGUUUCUUUCAGAUAAUGUCUGUGAUUAGUGAAUGGCUGCAUUAUUCUUUAGGGCAAAUGAAAUGAAAGAAGGGACAAAGGUUGACUAUCAUCUGAGUGAUGGAAGAGAAGCUAAGACACGAGGGUACAGAAAACACAAGUUAGCAGGCUUCAAGAGAGGAAUACUUCCUACUAGGGCUUUUCAGGCUUAUGUGAUAUUAUCUGGUAUGGCUUCUCUAGCUUUUCUAAAGGAGAAAUUUGUAUUCCUGGGUUGCUGAAAGUUGCCUGGACUGAAAGGACAUAAGCAGCUCAAUAGCAGCAUGGAAAAUGAGAUUAAUGAAAUACCAUUAUAUACAGGAAAGCUACAUCUCCAGUAGUUUAGACCGCAAGUCAUUAGCCAAAAACAAGUGCAGGUAGGAUUUGGAGGACAAAAAAAAGUAUAAACACAGCCAAGGUUAUAGGCUACCUUCUCAACUUCUGAUUAAAAAGUACUGAAAAGGAGCUGUGAACAUUUCAUUUUUAAAACCUGUCAAAAUGGUGCUAUUGACUCCUUAAUACAAUGAUAUAUUACAAUAUUUUUUAGGUGAACAUGUAAGUCUGACUUGGCCAUAAAUGUAAAUACAGAAAAUGUUUGUAGAGAAUUCAUCAAAAUCAUGCCCAUUUGCUUUCGAUUGAGCUGCCAUAUUAUUCAUCAGUGGCGAGGACUGAGUGAGUCCCCACUCCCUACAGAUGGGACACAACAGAGUCAUUGGCUCUCUCAGCUGCCCAAAGCCUAGGGCAGACAACGUGAGAGCCACAGACAACUGUGGCUUCUUCUUGGACUGUGGUUGGAUAACCCAAUUAAAUGACUAAACAUGCUCAUUUUUUGGUAUUUCCCAGGAACAUAAACGAAGAAUAUGUGACAUGAGGCAAAAUGGAUGUUGGUAAACUACCUGUUGAAACUGACCUUAGUGAGAGCCAAUGUUACUUUGUGUAAAUUCACCCAGAUGUGUCAGAACAUGCCAAAAGAAGCAUAUACCUUGCUGCUGGAAAAUCUGUAAAGCAAUUUGCAUGUAAAGUAUGAUAAUAAAUCAUCUAAGAGCCCAUCGAAA